GGUGUAACAGGGAACACAACACUCCUGCAUUCACCUGGAAGCCUUUCAGAGACCCGUGGAUGGUCCCCGGACCCCACAUUGGGAACCCCCUUUUUUUUUUUUUUUUCUUUUUUGCCACAACCUCCUUUUAAAUCCUCAAACUUCAUGGAAGGAGUAUCCCUCUUUUCCACAGUUUUUUUUCCUCCACGAUCCGAGGAGGUGAGCCCACUUUGAGGAGUCGUGUGAUCGCCGUGUAGGUGGAGUAUCCAGACGGACAGAGAUUACACAGAAAGACACCAAAACACAGGCGUGUCGGAUGAAACCGCAGGUAAGAGGUGAUGCAAGAGAAAGCAUUACUGUUACACCUUGCAUUUUUUUUUUCCUAUUGAUGAGCUGGUGCAAAUGAACAAUAGGAGGCAGAUUUCAUGAAUAAGGAGUGUUCACCUGUAGUCUUGUCGGUUUGACCCGUUUUAAGUGCGUUCACUGUGUCUGCUUGUGUGAACUGGCCCACAUUUCUGUCACUGGACUGGCGCUUGGAUAAUAAGUUUUUGUGAUGGAGUGGCGUGAGCAGUCCACCGUCAGCUGCGACGAAGCCUACUUGGAGGCGCAGAGAUGGAUUGAGGCAGUAACCAAGAAAAAAUUUGGGAGUAGUGACUUCCGAUCAGCGCUGGAGAAUGGCGUGCUGUUGUGUGAUCUGAUCAACAAGAUUAAACCUGGUAUUAUCAAGAGAGUUAACAGGCUGCCUACACCUAUCGCUGGACUGGACAACCUUAACGUCUUCCUCAGGGCCUGUGGCAAGCUCGGACUUAAGGAAGCUCAGCUCUUUCACCCGGGAGAUCUUCAAGACUUAUCCACAAGAGUCACAGUCAAACACCAAGAGACCAACAGGAGACUGAAAAAUGUGUUGAUCACCCUGUACUGGUUGGGGAGAAGAGCUCAGUGCGACCCAUUCUAUGAUGGACCUUACCUGAAUUUCAAGGCAUUUGAGGGAUUAUUGGGCACAGCACUCUAUAAGGCUCUCCAGGAAUCAUCCAGUCAGAAAGGCAGCAACGUCCGAGACAGCGGUUUUGGAGAUAGUUGGUACUCAGAGAGAGAGGAGCUCCAUCAUUUGAGAGGAGGAGGAGGCGGAGAAGGAGGAGGAGGAGGACACAGAAGGGACGACUCCCUGGACAGCUUGGACUCUCUGGGAUCCCGACCCCACAGCAUUUCAUCUGACACCACCCUUAAAGGCAGCAGUGAGGGUUGUUGCAGUGACACUGAGGCAGAUUCUGUCUUCAGGAUGGCUGAGAACAGGGACACCUCUUACCGCCGGUCGGUAGUCAUCACACCUAAAUCCACCACACAGUUUAACCAGUUCCUGCCCACUAAAGACAAAUCUUCAGGCUACGUACCUGCACCGCUAAGGAAGAAACGAGCAGAGCGUAAUGAGGACAGUCGGCGUAGCUGGGCCAACCCUAUGUACACAGAGGAUGAUGCCCCACUCACCAGACAGCGCCAAAUACAAGACAGUAUCGAUGGGAGCAAAUCCACAAGUGAUAUCCAGGUUGACCCAGCUGUCAUUAGGCAGAAUCGCUACGAAGAACUGCAGAAGUAUCGGGAGCACAUUAAGCAGAACGAGGAUAAGUGGCAGGAUGACCUGAGCAAAUGGAAGACUAGGCGCCGGAGUGUCAACUCUGAUAUAGUGAAGAAAAAAGAGGAAAGGGACAAGAUAGAGCAGAUCACAUACAGCAGCAACAGAAGGUCUAAAACCUUCAAGGAGAUGCAAGAAGAUAGAGAACACAGAGGAAGGAGCAGCAUAGGCAGCCGUAUUGGAUCUUUGUCUUUCUUGGAUGACGACGAGGACGUGUUUCAGAAACCAGCCACUUCCCCAACUAUCCGAACCUUCCCUUCUAGAAGCUACACUAUUGACACUCCCUACAACUCCUCUUAUGUCUCUGAACCUUCUUUGAAAGAGGACGAACCACCGGCUGCUUCUCCAGCUACUGGCAGGGCUGCUUCUCCUCCCACCUCAAAGGAAGUUGAACCAGUGGACAGUCCUGCAGGCAGUGACACCACGACCACCACUAUCACUCCAACCAGGAGUCGCUCCGACCAGUACAUCCCAUCUCAGACAGCUGCACCCUUGCAGAGGAGUUCAGUCUCGGAACAAACCAGCACAGUCAAAACAGAGGAGACAUCAACCACUGCCUCCUCUCUUAACUCUAUUCAGAAGGCGCCUGAGCCAAAGGGCCCAUUGUCGGGCACACAAACUGUGGUAGAGACCCCCCCCUCUGGUUCACUGUACAAACAACCACAGCUCAGCUCAAUGGAACCCAAGCCUCCUGUGGUGUCUCGGGUUUCCGCCUCCCUCCCAAGGAGCUACCAGAGAUCGGAUAGCGCACGUCUAACCUCAGUUGUCACGCCAAGGCCCUUCGGGACCCAGCCCUCCCGCAUAUCCUCCCUUCCCCGGGCCGUUACAAUGGAUGACUCUCAGAAGCGUGUCAAUGGUGAUCUUGACACAUCUAAGAAAUCAUCAGUGCCAAGCCGUUAUCACCAGUUCAUGACGUCUGAGGAUGAGGCUCAGUCACAGUCGAGCUCUGUCCACAGCAGUGAAGAUGAAGACAAUCAAGAGGAACAGACCACGCAGAAAAGCGUCACCUCUACUCAGAGCAAAUCACCUCCUGCCCCCGCUCAGGUCAAGAGUGAAGCUCCAGUCAGUCCUGCUCCUGUUAAAGAUGCUAUUCAGGAGAAUUACUGUGAGAUGCGGAUUAGCCUAAACCAAAAGCCCAACAGCAGCAGAGACUUUGGUUUCCAGGCAGCUUGGGACUCAACAGGGGCUCGUGUCACAUCCAUUCAGCCAGGCAGCCCAGCUGAGAUGUGCCAGCUUCAGAUCGGGGAUGAGGUUCUGACUGUGAACAGGCACCAGGUGGCAGACAUGAGCUACACCGACUGGAAAAACCGCAUGGGGGAGGCUCUGCAGGAGGGGAGUCUGGUUAUGGAUAUACGCCGUCAUGGCAAGAACAACUGGGACAGAGAUCAACCUUCCCUGCCUUUUAAAAGACAUAAGACCAUCAAUCUGACCAGUACGGAUCAUCCAAUACUUCUAGGUCCUGCAGACACAAACACUGUCAGCUCCAACCUGGAUUUCACUUCAUGUUUUUCUACUGAAACGAUACCAGCCAAAGAAGCUGCCACCCAUCCACUCAUCGAUGUGGCUUCAAACGGAGUUAUUGGCAGUUUCCGUGAGGAGUCGGUGACAAUGAGGAACAAAGAGUCAGAACCCAUAUCUUUGAAAAACUUAAAACGGAGGUCAGAGUUUUUUGAGCAAGGAGGAUCGGAUCCUGCAAUGCCAGAUAUACCUGUUCCUUCAAUAACUCCAUCUUCCAGCCGCUGGUCUUGGGACCCAGAGGAGGAGCGUAAAAGACAAGAGAAAUGGCAAAAGGAGCAGGAGCGCCUCCUACAGGAAAAAUAUAAGCGUGACCAGGAGAAACUGCAGGAAGAAUGGCUCAAGGCUCAGAAGGAAAUAGCCACAUCUGUAGACCAACAGGAGCCAGGGAGCCUGGAGGUGAACAGCCACAGUGUCAGCCCACACUCUCCUCUCUCACCCAAGAGCCAACCCACACCUCCUCUGUGGGAAGAGGAAGAGAGAAACCGAAAGGAGGAGCAGGAGCGCCAAAGGCAGGCAGAGGAGAGGAGGAAGAGGGAGGAGGAGGAGCGAGAGCUUCAGCGUCUGCAAGAGGAGAGAAAGAGGAGAGAAAAGCAGGAGGAGGAGGAGAGGAAGAAGAGAGAGGAGGAAGAGCUGAGAUGGCAAAGGAGAGAGGAGGAGAGGGAGGAGGAGAGGAGGCGGCAGGAGGCAGCAGAGCAGCAGCGCAGAGACAGGGAGAGAGCGUUGGAGCAGCAGCAGUGGACUGGGGGCUCCUAUGUCCAGCCUCCACUGUCCUUUUCAGACAGGACCAAGUCAAAAUCUUCUCCCCAGCUCGACGAAGAGGAGAAACCUCAGUGGAGAGGUGUAUCUGUCCAGCCAGGUGGCAUGGCUCACUGGCUACUGGAGGAGCAGUUGAAGAGUGCAUGUGACAGAAAAGCCCAGAGAGAAAGGGCAGCAUCCCAGCUGGAGAUGGAGAGGAGAGACAUUCUCAAUGCCAUGAGAUACAGAGAGCCAGAGAGAGUGACGGGUGGCGGAGGAUUGGGUGAAAGGAAGGGUCAGCAGUCCGUGUCGCAGGCUGAGCUGGAGCGACAGCAGAUCCUUAAUGAGAUGAAAAAGAAAACGCCGCUGCUGACGGACAGCAGCUGGAUCCGCCAGCGUUCCACUAACACCAUCACCAGCAAGGAGGCAGACAUACCCCCCAUGCGCAGAGGCGAGUCUCUUGACAACUUGGAUUCCUCCUACAACUCCUGGCGAUCAUCGUGGACACCCAGAAGUAGCUCUUAUAGCCAAAACUACUCGCGUCCUCAUUCUGCCCUCUCUGGCAGCACUUCUUUUCAUGGUGGUUGGUCAGGAGCACGACACAGCUCCUCCACUCUGCCUUCCUCAUCCUCUAUGGGCUCCCUGCGAGGGGGGGCGGGAACCCCCUCAUCCCCUUGGUCAAGGCAAACGCCCUCCCCAUCACUUUCUUCACCGUCACCCACCACCUCCCCAGAGCCCACGUCUGAUCCACCUCAACAGCGGAGCAGGUCAGUGAGUGGCAAGAAAAUCUGUACGUUCUGUGACACCCCACUGGGAAAGGGAGCAGCCAUGAUCAUCGAGUCCCUUGGGCUCUGUUAUCAUUUGAGCUGCUUUAAGUGUAUUGAUUGUAAGUCAGACCUGGGAGGAUCAGAAGCUGGUGCUGAAGUCAGAAUACGAAAUAAACAGCUCUACUGUAACUCCUGCUACAUGCGAUUUAAAACCGGCCAACCAACCACUAUGUGAUGUGACUGUACUCCAGCAAAUUGAUGAAGAGACUACUUGUGACAACAACCCAUGAAACCAUAGCAAAUAGCACAGACAUUCUGCAACGUUGGACAUGCACAUUCAUAUGAUGCAUAUUCCUUUUGACAGUGUGAUCAAAACGAUGAGCUUGCUAAGAAAUAUCUACUUUAUUGUUAUAUUAAGUAUUACAGUUGUGCAAAGUGGGGUUCUGCAUGCGCAAGAGGUUUUCAAUGUUUUAGCCAUGAAACUAGUCCAUAAGAUUAUCGAGACAGAUCUUUUUAAUGACACAUUUUAGACAGAGACAGAUUUUAAAGAGAUGGAUUAUUUUAGUUUUUGAGGAACCCUGCAGGAUCAUCGUCUCUUGUUCAUGAUUCUUCCCCGCUAAGUCUUGUGGUAUUAAUGUUUGUCAAGCAAGGUAUUCUUAUCAUGUUUAUGUGCCUUUUUGUUUGUAACAGGGAAAAAAAAUUUAAGAAUAUUCUUUCAAAAAAUAUAUUUAAAAAAAACUGUCUGCUUCUAAGCACUCAUCUGAAGUUAUCCAUGAUAGAUGGAUUGUACACAGGUUUUCCAUGUGAAGAAUAUAUCAUACUGAACGGCAUUGAGGCAAAUUUAUUCAAGUAACAUUUGUAAAUAAAAUGACUAAAUGCU